AUGAAGUUUUCCAGCAUUAUUGCAAUUUUUGGAUUCGGCGCCUCCGCCCUUGCCCGCGGGCAUACUAAGCGCAGCGGUACUAACGGCGUUGGGGCAUUCGCGGAUAAUCCCACCAAAGACGUGCCCCGUCCUAAGAUAGGCAAUGUGCCUUAUGGCAAACUCAUUCGUGAUUGCAAGAAGCCCGGCGUCGUCGCCGUUACCUAUGAUGACGGCCCCAGUCAACUGACCGAUAAGCUUCUCAACAUCCUGAAGGAAGCGGGAGCCAAAGCCACCUUUUUUCUCACCGGCGUUAACAUUUUGCCUCACCGGAAAGUCAUCGAACGCGCCCACCGCGAGGGCCACCAACUCGCCCAGCAUUCGUGGUCGCACAAUAGCCUUUCGCGAGCCAGCACCCAGGCGCGCGCGGACGAGAUCCUUAAGCCCGAAGCGGCUUUUGCCGAUGUUCUCGGCAUUUUCCCAACGUAUAUGCGCCCGCCGUAUGGCGAGUGCAACGCCGAAUGCGAGGCCCAGCUUGGCAAUCUCGGUUACCACGUCGUUAACUGGAAUAUCGAUACUAAUGACUGGCGUGGCGAUAUGAACGUGUCAAUGCAGAUUAUCGACACUAGGUUGAAAAAUACCGACGGCCCUCUUGUGUUGGCGCAUGACAUGGAACAUACUAUUAAUGUCUUGACCAGCCAUAUUAUCAGCGUCGCCAAGGCGGAAGGCCUGAAAAUGGUUACGGUGGGCGAAUGCUUGGACGACGAUGAGUCGAAUUGGUACCGUGCCGCCCCGCGCGUGGAAAGACUGGAGAUGCCGUAG